CUAUAGACUCACGCACCGACAUAUACAUAUAUACACACACACGGAUAUACGUAAAUACCCGUCCAACAGAUUUGACACCCAUGUUAUUAUUAUUGUUGUUAUUAUCAAGGUACUUUUUUCCCGAAGCUUCUCGCAUUUUUUCGGCCGAUCGAUUGAAACCCGUCGAAAUGAGUGUCUACCCGUUUGCCGUCCCCAAGGGUAUCAAGCUUUUGUGUGAACUCUGCCAAAAGUCUGCCAACCUCGUCUGCACCAAUUGUAAAGUGACCUAUUAUUGUUGUUCCGGCCACCAAACGUCCGACCAGGAGAGCGUCCAUUCUUGUAUCUGUGACAAUCUCGCCAAAGUCAGACAACCUGAGAAGUAUGGAAUCUCCGAAGAACAACGUCAAAGACGCAAACAAGAAAUCCGGCAGCUCAAUAUUGAAAUAAUUCAAACCGCCACCACUAGAGCGCACCACUUGUUGUUCCAAGGAUUACACGAACAGGCGCUGCCCGCAGCCUUGCAUUCUGUCAAGUUUUGUAUGGAAAUUUAUGGACUGCAAAGUAUUGAACUUAUUCCUUCCUACCUCUGUCUUGGAGAUGCUUGUAUUGGUUUAGGAAGACUUGCUGACGCCGAGCAGUAUCUCUCUCAAGCAAACUGGAUUGCUUUGACAAACCCCAAGUGUCCCAGUUCCAUCUUGUACAACCUUCAUCGCAAUCUCGGCCUACUCUACGCCGCCAAAGGGGAUUACGCGGAAGCUGCUCGUCAUUUUGCUGAUGAUAUUUACCAUGCAUCAGAAGAAUAUGGCACAGAUUCCUUGAAAACAUCCGGGGGUUACUACCACAUGGCCAAUGUUUUCUUCCGACAGAGCAAAAUGGAUAUUGCAAUGUCGCUCUACAGACAGGUGACCAAAAUUUGGCACAACUACUUGUUAGAAAUUGCUUCCAACAAGAUAAAGAAAUUGACCAGUCCCAAGACAUUAGCAGCUGUCCGUCUAACGGCAGAACACAGAACCGGAGGACUCGAUGAAACAGAAGAAGCUGAAGGAAUCCAGGUUCUGAGUACCAUUUUUGAUAUCUGGGAAUCCAGCCACAAGAAACACUCAAAAGAUUUAGCUGAGACCAGCCUUGCUCUAGCCAUGUUGUUCUACUGUCUUGAACAAUAUGACAAGGCAAAGAAAUUCUGCAACAAGGCAUACCAAGUCUGUGAAGACAAAGAAUAUUCUGAAACCAUUCUUAAGUUUCUGAAUUCCAGCAAAGAACUCUCUCCAUAAAUGGUUCAUCAUUGACGCCUUCACUCAUUAGAGAUCAGAUUUUCAUUUCUUUAAGUCCUCCAUUCUUAUAAUAAUAAUA